ACGGAUGAGCGACCCUUGCCCUAGAGCGGCUUUCGGCUGGCAAGGCUCCGGGGCGGCCUAGAGCGCGAGGGUCCCUACGCGGGGGUGGCGCCUCGGGGAAUCUCUGGGGAAAGCUGAGGGCCCUACGGUGCACCUAACCGAGAAGGCGGUCUCCUCGCAGAGCUGCACCAGGAGGCCCGACGUCCCCUGAGAGUAGAGCUGCACCGGGAGACCCGUCGAGAAAGGGCGCAGCCCCGCAGGAGAGAGAAGGAGCCCGCCGGAGCUCUCCAUCCCCUCUCCGGGCGGGAGGUGCUGAACAGAAGGCAAAGCGAUUCGAGCGAUGGAGUCCUGGGUGCGAUUCAGCGCCCAAAGCCAAGCGAAGGAGCGGGUGUACAGGGCCGCCCAGUAUGCCUGCACUCUACUCGGCUACACGCUGCAGAAGAACGGGGCCAGCCCUGAUUUCAUUGCUAGGAUCAAGCAGCUAGAGGCUCACUUGAGCUUGGGACGCAAACUAUUCCGACUAGGGAAUUCUGCCGAUGCCCUGGAAGCAGCCAAACGGGCUAUCCACCUGUCGGACAUGGUCCUUCGUUUCUGCAUCACUGUGAGCCACCUGAACAGAGCCAUGUACUUUGCCUGUGACAAUAUCCUAUGGGCUGGGAAAUCUGGCCUCAUCCCACACAUGGACCAGGAGAAAUGGAGCCAGAGGUCAUUCAGAUACUACCUCUUCGCCCUGAUAAUGAACCUGAGCCGGGAUGCCUACGAAAUCCGGCUGCUGAUGGAGCGCGAGUUGAAUGGGAAGUGCCAAAGGGGAGGCGGGGACAACAGCAGCGCCCCCAGGAAAGACGGCAAGGUCCAGCAGCUGGCCCUGAGGCUGAAGCUGCAGCUCCGCCUCCUCGCACACGUGCUGAGGAACAACCCGCCCCUCCUCCUGGACGUGCUGAAGAACGCCUGCGACAUUUUCAUCCCACUGGACAGGCUGGGCCUAUACAAGACCAACCCGGGUUUUGUGGGGCUCUGCGGCCUGACGUCUUCUGUCCUCUCCAUCCUCACUAUCGUCCACCCGUGGCUGAAGCUGAAACCUUAAGAACGUAUAGGGAGGUUAAGGACUGGCUGGCUUCUGUGGAGACAGCAGAGUUCUUCGCAGUGCUCUCCUUCAGCCCGCAGGCGUGUCGAUGAGCUGCUGGCCUUCCUCAGCCUGUGGCUAUUGUGGCGGACACACUUCCUUGGAACGUGGCAGGUCUCGGGCCUGUUCUUCUCCCGGACUCCUGUUUUGCACUGUAAGUGGCGGCCCACAGCUUCGCCGCCAGACGUCUUGAAACGCCAUACCACAGCCUGCCUACGUAGAUUGUCUUUUACUCACAUUCUCUGUGUCCUUUUCCCGCCCGUUUUCCAGCUCCAUAAUGGCCCUUCUAACUCCACAACAGCCUUUCUCCCAAAUCCCCCUUCCCCGCACUUCAUCUGUCUUUUUUGACACCAAGCUUGGGUUUCAUGGGUCAGCCUCACACACCCUGUGGGUAUGUAUCCCUCGUUCCCGGACAACCAAAUGGGGAGGUGGCUGGAGCGAGAGGCCUUCUCCUGACUCUCCCUGUCCUACUAGUAGAAGGAGGAUGUAACAAGAGGCUCAGGAACGAGCCUCGCUGGACAUUGGGCCUGCGGCAUCCCUUGUCGCCUAGGCCUUGUGGAAUUCUCUGUCCUCUGCCUGCUGUUUUGGAGACUGAUGAGGAACAGCCAUGGAGACGAGGCCUCACUGGAACGGAAGGAUAAGCAGAUGCUUAGUGAGCUAGGCUGAUCAGCUCCGCAGAGAGAAAGCCCUGGUUCGGUCGGCCAGAACCCUGCAGUGUCUGGUGCCCCACGAAAUGCUUGGGGUUUCUUGUCGAUGCCUUCAUCUUCUACUUCCUUCAUUCUUGCAUUCCCCUUUCGCUCUUGAUUGUAACAGUUUCCCCACCACCCACUAACCCUUUUUUCCUUUUACCUUUGCAGUCAUCUUUGCAUUCUCAUCCGUGAGCCGAAUGUCUGUAGCUAAAUGCAGCGAUUCCCUUUCCACCCCACCUCUGAUAACCUUUUGAAUGGUUUGAUGGCUUACUUUGGUCCCCCCCCCCUUAGGUUUUGAGCCAGGGGGUGCUACUAGUUUUUCCUGCAGCAUGUGAUUUCACACUCCAGAAUCGGGGGGGGGGGGGCUCUUGUUUUAGAAGGCGAAGCUUAGCCAUCCUUGCUUUGUGUCACCCAGGUCCAUCUCCAAAGAGGGCUCCUGUCAGAUGGGAGAAUUUUGCCAAAGGCAACUUCUUCCUUUGCAGAGCUCCAAUGAUAAGAGAAGCUGACCCUGUUUCAGUGUCACUCCUGAAGAAGGGGCAGGAACCCUUUUGGAUGUGCUAAUCUUAUUUAUUCUAAUACCUUACACCUCCUUCCCCUCAUUCUUUAGGCUUGCACAACAGGUAGGCGCAGAAGUUUAACAUGUGCACUGGUCUCUCUUCACAGUCCCUGUACUGGUGACAGCCGCACUGGAUGACUGACUGCCUGCCUGCCUUCCUGGGGCAGCAGCUGCCAAUGCAGAGUUUUCAGGGUGAUCAACCCACAGUCCCUGUACUGGUGACAGCCGCACUGGAUGACUGACUGCCU